GUGCGCAUGUUCUCAUGUGUGGAUGGUGUAGAUGUGCAGGGCAUCAUCAUUGCAUGGUUGAUGUCCAGCUGGAAGACGCGAGGAUUUGCAGAAUAACAGCGUUCACAGAUCGGAAAUAUCCACAAACUCAGGGGGCAUCAUGAGCAAAGUGCAGGGAGGGAUGAAAUGCGUAAAAUAUCUGCUUUUCGUUUUCAACUUCAUCUUUUGGCUGUCGGGCCUGUUCGUGCUGGCUGUGGGACUUUGGCUCAGGUUUGACCCAGAAACAGCGGAGCUGCUGACCGGCGACGGCGCCCCCGAAACCUUCUUCAUAGCUGUGUACAUCCUUCUCGGUGCAGGAGGGAUGAUGAUGAUCGUCGGGUUCUUCGGUUGUUUCGGGGCUGUACGCGAGUCUCAGUGUCUUCUUGCAUCGUUCUUUGCUUGCCUCCUGAUAAUCUUCGGAGCAGAGAUUGCCGCCGGUGUGUUUGGAUUCAUAAACAAGGAACAGAUUGUUGAGGAAGUGCAAAAGUUUUACAGCAGCUCCAUCGCUGAUGUCUCCAACCCCAAUGGCACCGCAAUCGCACUCAUUUACCACAACACUCUGAACUGUUGUGGAGGUUCAACAUCAGACACGUCUAACACGCUUUGUGAAGAGUCCGAGGAGAACACGCAGGACUGUCUCACUGCAAUAACAAACUUCUUCAACGAUAAGCUGCAUAUUAUUGGAUACGUUGGGAUCGGGAUCGCAGGAGUAAUGAUCAUAGGAAUGAUCUUCAGUAUGGUUCUGUGUUGUGCCAUCAGGAACAACAGGGAGGUUAUAUAGACGUCCACAGUGAUGUGUUGGGGGAGUUCACUGAAUCUCACAGAGAGUACAAUACAUCCCGGUUGUCAACACGAUACGCUGCAUCGUCCUCUUCACAUCUUCUCCUCAAACUCCACCAGCACUGAAAAUGUAUUUCUCUGUUUCCCGUAACACAAGCUCUGCUUUUGGCACAACUCUGUGACAUUCCUUAGUUUUUAACACAACACCGUACACGAAGCCUCGUUAGACACAGGAAUGUUGUGACUGCUGUAAAUAUGGACAGCUUUUUUAUGCACUCGCUGUUAACAUUAUUUAUCGAGCACCUUUUUAUGUAAUCAAUACUACUGUGUGCUUAAAUGUUUUGAGGACUAGCCUGCCCUGAGUAAAUGUCCACUAUGUGCCUGUUUAGUCACACAAACACUAUUUGUACAUAAGCUCCCUGUCACCACUCUCAAGUAUUUAUACUUUAAAGCACAAUAGAGGUCCUGUGUAGCUGUAUCAACCCAAAGGGUUAGGGAAGGUCUGAUGAUAAACCGCCACUCUGUCCAAAUGCAUCUAAACGGUCCUGAAUAACAACACGUCUGUGUGAACUGUAACAGUGAGAUAGUUUUUUGCAUUUUGUGUGAAUUAUUUUGGAUGUAUAUUUUGUUGGUGUGCCAAUACGAUGUGAAUUAUAGAAUAAUAUAGUUUACUCCAUAUUGUUAACCGUAAUAAAUAAAAAAUAUUGGGUGCUUUUA